ACUUUGCGCCAAAAAAGAGCGAUUUCAGCUCAAUCGAAAAUCAAGUCCCUCUGACGUAGUCAGUUAAGGAAAAUUGUAUCAACAUGCGUGUGACCGGCAAGUUCCUCAAGGAUCAUCUGGGGAAAAGAGUUUCCAUCAUCGGGAAAAUCUUGGAGGCCAACGGCACCAAAUGCAAGCUAGAGUCGGCUUGCGGUAUGACGGUGAAAAUCAAUUUCAAUGAGGAGCCGGAAAACUCUUUGGUGAACCAGGUCGUCGAGAUUAUUGGUGUUAUCAAGGCGGCCGACACCAUCGCGGUGGAUGAAUUUCUCGAGUUCCCCCUGGAGUUUACUCAAGACUAUGACAAAGCGACUCAUUCCGUAGCCGUCGACAUUGAGCAACAGUACGGGAGUAAAUUCUGGGCGGACGUAGCCUUCGCCGAGGCUGAAGCCGUAACCAAAUAGAGUGAGGAAACUCAAGUGAGGGUAAAAUGUAAAUAAAUAAAAUGUGUUUUUAUCUCGUGA